AUGUUUUUUCUAACUCCACUUCUUUCAGUUUUCUCAUAUUUUUGUUUGCACUAUUUAUGGAAAUAUAUUGAAAAUGAAUUUGGAAUUUUCACAUCGUUCUUUUCUAUUUCAAUUAUUAUACUUACUUCUUAUGGAGCGUAUGUUUAUUUUAAGAAUUCACUAUACACUGAAAUUGAUUUGGGAAUAUUUGCGAAUAGAAAUGAACUUAUCAAUGAGCUGAAUAAUGAUUUAAUGCUCGGUGUUUUUGAAAGGUAUAAUAAAGAAAGAGAGAAUUAUUUGAAUGGCGAUUUAAUUUUUCUUAAAGAAGGAGAACGUGAUUCUGAUGAAAAUAAUAUAAAUCAAUUUAUAUAUCGUCAAAAUGAAAGAUAUUUUAAUGAAGCGGAGAAUAUUGAUGCAGCAGUUCAAGACUCUAAUUUAUCAUUUUUUGGUUUAAGUAUAAACUCACCGAAGAGGAGCGAACAAUUAUUCCAAGAUAAUAAUUGUUUUACUUUGAGUAACUCACAUGAAAUUUGCAGCCCUUCAGUAUUAGCAGAUACUUUUAUUCAAGCGGCGACCAUUGCUAAAAACUCUCAAAGUGAACACUUCCGUGGAAUUCUCGACAAUAUUCAAUUACAAAACUUGAAUAAUUUAACAGGAAGUGUUGCGAACACAACAAUUAAAACUACAGAAACAAAAAACUUUAAUUCGCGGCUGCUCGGUUCAGUUGGAUAUUCUUUUCAUUCGAAUAUAAAAUUUGCUAGAAGUAGAUUUGAAAAUUAUAUAUCUUCGUUGCAAUGCAAAAUUACAAAUAAGAAAGUAAGAAAUUCAUUACCCGGAAGACUUCUUUCUAGCACAUCAAUUCCAGAUAGUGGCAUUAAGAAAAAUACAAAAAUAAGUACAUAUAAGCAUUCUUCAAUUCCUAGUAAUUUAAUUGAAUCUUUAGAUGAAAAAUCUACUAAAGGUAAAGGAAAUAGUUCCACACCAACAAGAAAAAUUUAUAGUAGUUUUUUAUCUCCGUUGCCAACAUCAAAACCAUCGCCAAUCUUAUUACUUACAGGCAAAAAUAAGAAUGAGUGA